GAUUCGAAACGCUUCAAAACCAAAAUUCCACUAACCACAUCUGGCUGAGUGAACUUUUAAAAACGCUAAGUAUCGAAAGUGUGUGACGCUAUUAUUAAACAAGAACCUCUCGUUGCCGGUCGUUGUCUUGCCCGCCGUCUUGUUAAUACGCUUACUUUGAUCGGAAUCGUUACACGUUUUCCAAAUUGUAUAUCUUUCGUUUCAAAAUGAAGUACUUCAUUGCUAUUGUUCUUCUUAUUGCUGCCGCUCAAGCCGUUCCAGUGGAAUAUGGCCAUUAUCCAGCUCCGUUGUUAGCUCAUGCACCAGUAUUAGCUCAUGCGCCAGUAUUGGCCCAUGCCGAGCCUGUGGCGUACCCGAAGUACUCAUUCAAUUAUGGUAUAAAGGAUCCACACACCGGUGACAUAAAGUCGCAAGCUGAAGAACGUGAUGGCGAUGUAGUCAAGGGUCAAUAUUCGCUCGUAGAACCCGAUGGUUCAGUGCGUACCGUUGAUUACUCUGCUGAUGAUCACAAUGGUUUCAACGCUGUCGUCCACAAAACCGCACCUAAAGUAAUCGCUCAUGCUCCAGUGUUGGCUCAUGCUCCUUUGUUGGCACAUGCGCCUGCACCACUUCUGCAUCAUUAUUAAAUGGGACAACGACUGGCUAUAGAGCGUUUGGAUCAAUUGGAGCUGGAACUUUGAAGAUAAGAUCGUUUUGAAUUGAUUUGCAUUUGAACUGAUUGGAAAGCGGGCAGUGACUCAUAACUUUGGAGUGUAAAAGACGAUCUUAAAAAUAGGAACACCAACUUUUCUCCAUUCGCUUCUUAGCCACUUACAACUCUUGUACACUCACUCACAUAUUCAUUUAACUCACUCAAUCAUUAGACUCGAAAUAUAAACGAGUAAUUGCAUUUCUCCAAUAAUAUGCUAAGCGAUUUUAGUGCAACUAAACGUCAAAUAAUCAUUAGACAAUGAUUCACUCGAAAGAGGAAGAAAGGAAUUGAAUAAUGGAAAAGGCAGGAAUAGAAAAAACAAAUGAAAAACACAUUCUCUCUCUCACUCACUCUUAGUAGCUUAACAAUUAUAUCAUAUAUACAUAUGUAAUUUUAUUAAAAAAAUAAUGAAAAGGAGGAAGAAGGAGUAGUUGUAGUAAUAGUAGACGAAAAUGGAGAUCAUCGUUCAUAUUAUGUAAUGUAGGGGCCUACUUUCUCACUUUAUUUCAUACACUUUUCUUACCUCCCAUGCAUUUCUGCCAACAUUAAUAUGCUUUCAAAACUAUCAAUACUCUUCUGAUCUCUCGAACAUUCUUGCAAUCUAAAGAUUUUUUCGAAAUCUGAAACUUCAAACAGUGAGGUUUAUUUUAAAGCGCGAUUUAUGCUUCACAAUCAGAGAGUGAAAUUCUUCUCACAAACAGCUGUAAUUCUUUUGACUGAAUUGAAUGUGUGGUGACAUUUCCCAUUUGUAGAAGUUGAAGCAAAUCCACCGUCGCUAUCGAAUUUACUCGUUCAUAAAUACUCAAAAAUGCUUUUAGUAUCUUUUACCACUCUUUUGUAAAAUAUUUAACUACUUUCUCAUAUCUAUAUGGGGUUCGUUUCGUUUCAACACUUAAAAUGUUAUUCCAUUGAGAAUGUCUGUUGAUUAGCAUCAGUUCAGUUCAAAUUUUGCACAGUAGGAAGUUGCUAACAUAAACACUUCAUUAUUCAUAAGGCUUGUGGUAAAUUCCUGUUAUCACCUAAAAUAAGGGGAUAUAGUAUUUAACAUGGAAGGAAGAAAAAAUAAAUUUAACUGUGCCAUCUUUCGAUGUUUCGAGAAAAAAAACUAGCCAUCACACAAUUUUAGAAUUUUAAUCAAAGCACAUCAACAAAGUGGCCUCAGUAGAGCAGCAGAUUCAACUUUUUUAUAGUUUUAUGUGUUUUCUAAGUUAUCAAACUUUUUUUACAUUUUACUUUGUUGUUGUCUAGAGAAUUCAAACAACAACGAGAUAUACGCAUUUGUUGUUUUUACUCUACUGCUGCUACUUUGUAUAUAUGCCUUGAAUUUUUGUUUGUCUGAGCACUUUGCGUGUGGAUAAUUUCACUCACUCGAGUAAUUUCACUCUCUAAAUCUUGCACACAGAGCAAGAAACAAACCAAAAAUUAUCUUCGGUUGCCAAAUGCCAGCUUUCAUACGUUUGUAAUGAAAACCCUUCCAUUGCAAUUCGUUGCGUAUAAAUGAGCCGGUCACUGUGCAUUAAACAAAUUAUUGGAUACUCUUUUGUAUUUGCUUCGCUUUAAGGCAAUUGUGUUCUCUUAAAGCAGCAACUGGCAUCAAGUAUCCCACACUUAUCCUGAUUCUUAUAGUCUCCGUCUCGUUAACUAUUGUCAUCCCAUCACUUGUCUUGAAUCUUGUCAUUUGCAUUUAAUUUACUUUAACACCUUCUGAUAUGUGAAUUAAUAAAGGUAUCUUAAGCAAAUACUUACGUACUUUCCUUUUGGUUUACUGAUCAUUUUUUAUAUCUAAUAUUGUUUUACUAAUGAAGCCUUUUUCGUGACUUUUAUGAAUAGCUUGCUUCAUAUCUUUCUCACAUAUUCUCACAAAGCCACUCAACUUGUCUCUCAACUUAUCUCACUCACCUGGUGUCACUCAUAAGUGCUCUUUUGUAUUAUAUCACAAUGUUUUUACGUAUUUGUAUUUUAACUGUGUUUUUUUAUCGUAAAUUUAAUUAUAAUCAUUUAUGAAGAAAUGGAAACCAACAUACAUUUUUAAUUUGUAUACGUUUGCAUAAGUUUUUGUGAAAGCCUUGUGGUUAGCCAAGGGUCUUCAAUGUUCUCCAACUAAUUGUGCUGUACCUACGAUAGUUUUGAGUUUUUAUAAAAUGUCUGCAAUGUAAUGUAAAAUAUUUUCAAGUGAACGGCAAAGAAAAAACGAAAAAGUGUUUAUGUAAAUACGUAGUAAUUAUGUGCAUACAUAACAAAAAUAAAAAUACACAAUCGAAAUGUAUAAAAA